AUGGAUCCCCUCGGAGCAGCAACCCUUUUCCUGGUCAUCUGCCUCUCUUGCCUGAUGGUCCUCUCAACAUGGCGGCAGAUGCACCGCAAAAGCCAGAUGCCACCUGGACCAACUCCCCUCCCCUUCAUCGGGAACCUGUUCCAAGUCAACACAAGUGAUAUGUACCGUUCACUCAUGAAGGUAACUUUCUAUCAUGUAUCAGAGCACAGUUUGCCAUUCUCUAAAUUGUUAUUAUAAAAUCAUUCUUAAAUACUGUUGAUUAAUGAAGGUCACUCCCAUCUAUCUACCCACUCAUCUCUCUCUCUCUCUCUCUCUCUCUCUCUCUCCCACUUGACUCAUCAUCUCCUCAUAAUUCUCCUUCCACCACAUUCUCCAGCUUUUGCUUCUCUCUCUCUUUAUAUUUCUGCCUAAGUGGAAGGAUCUGUGCUUGCAUACGGCUAUAUGUUUCCAUCUUGCAAGAUAUCAGCCUUAAUUAAAAUGUUUUAAAAAGACUUCCACUGUUUAUGCCACACGUCUUUUAUACUUCAGCCGCCAUAACCUCUGUUCUUCAUAUCCUUCCUAUAGGUUUUCCUUAAUUUUUCACAUUCUUUAUAUUUUUCACAAGAUUAGUCUAAACACAACCAAAUUUGGGUAACUGGGCCCUGGUUUUGUAAAUAUUCAUUUAGACAAUCCCACUGUUUCUUGACCAUAAUCUUAGGUUUUCUCGUGUCUCAUUUUCACACCAGUUGGUGGUUCUUUUCAAGGAAAGUCCUCAAGAAAAUUAGUCAGCAUUUUAGUGUGCAUUUCUUUUAAAUAAACAUUUUCCCCUAGCAAUUCCUCCAGAUAUUGAGGAUUUUCCAAUGUUAUUUUCGAUCCUAUGAACAUUUUCGUGCACACAUUCCCCUAAUAUAUGUACUUAUCCUCACAUUUUCUUGGUGGGGGUGGGGGUGGAGGACUGCAUCAUCCGACUCAAAAACGUUUCAAUUUUGAAGGGGCAGCUCUGUUUCAAGAAGUGGGGAUGAGUACUGUUUGCAUUACUAUGUGGACCGAACCCUAAAUUCUCCCCCACGAAUGUCUUUAGAGAUUUAUUGCAGCAGCUACAUGUAAGUCCAGGUAAAUGCUUCACUGCAACACCAGCAGUUUCAUCAGGCUGUGGCACACCUUCCUUCCUUUUCAUCAUCUCUGAAGUCAGCGCACAUGUGGACAAAGCCCGGACCAAGGGAGCCGCUGAAGGGAGGAGGAGACUGCCCAGCGCUGGACCUCCCGGUGGGAGUCCUUUCAGCCUGGCUUAUUAUUUCACAUGGUUCACACCAUGCUCAGUUACAGCCUUGGGCUCCUUAAAGGGAAAGUUGCAGGCAAACUUAACCAAGAAUUGAAUAGCGCACUGCCCAAAGAAAUCCAGCUAUUCAGUUCUUAAGAAUUAAUUAGAAAUCUCACACCCAGCAGAACCUGCUCUACCUAGUUGGUGAAAAAUGGAGACUUCCCACCCAAGACAGGUAUUUGGGCAUGAGUGUCCAAGCAACUUAGAUUAAAGAAAUAUAUAUGCACAUAUGUAAUGCCAUGGCAGGGGAAGGGGGGGUCACAUUAUGAGCUAACAUUUCGUGUAAGAUACAGUUUGUGGAAAAACAACAACACACCAGCCUCUAGAACGGUAAGAAACAACAUUAGCAAUACUCAAAGAAUUAACAAAGCAAUAUUCCCACCACUGGCUAGCAGAUAAACAUUAUGUAUUAUGUGUUUAUAUAUGUUGGAAGCUGCCCAGAGUGGCUGGGGCAACCCUGUAAGAUGUGUGGGGUAUAAAUAGUAAAAUUAUCAUUAUGGAAUGGGAUGUCCCUAUUUCCAUCAGAGAAAUGUUGAAGGGUAUGCACCUCUUUUUCUAGAAAAAUAGCUCUGGGUCAGCUAAUGCUAGGGAGGAUAGCCAGUUUUUAAUCUUGCUUGUCUGAAAACCAACCUGUUUGCUCCAUCUGUCCAUCUGAUUUCACACAAUGCCCACCCCCUCUUUUCACAGAUUCAUGAGAAAUAUGGUCCUGUCUACACCAUCCACUUAGGGCCCCGCCGUGUUGUGGUCUUGUGUGGAUACGAUGCCGUGAAGGAGGCCCUGGUGAAUCAAGCCGAAGAGUUCAGCGGCCGUGGAGAGCAAUCCGCAUUUGACUGGAUUUUCCGGGGCUACGGUGAGUGGCUCUUCUUGGGCAACCCUUGGCCAGAGUGCAUCAUUACUGGCGUUUUCUAGGAUUUCUAGUGUAACUGAAAGCAAAUUAUUUUCUAAACUUGGUACACAUAAAACAUUGGUAAACUUGGUACUUAAACAGUUAACAUUCACACUACCCCUUCCAGCUGACUCAUGCACUGUUCCAUCAGCUAGUACUACAUUUACAGAUUUACAAGGCUGCUUUUCUACAAGGGUUUGUGCAGACUUAACAAAAAUGUUUGUCGCUGCUGAGUCUAAAAUCCAGUCCUGUCCAAUGUCGUGACUGGUGCCUCGAACUGCUGCAGAAACAUACUGGACUCGACUCUUCCUGUCUCCUCGCUUCCCAGCAAACGCAGGCCGCCCUUUUCUUGUGUUUUCUCCCACAGACACAGUGCACUGACGUAGAAUCAUAGAAUCAUAGAAUCAUAGAGUUGGAAGAGACCAGAAGGGCCAUCGAGUCCAACCCCCUGCCAAGCAGGAAACACCAUCAGAGCACUCCUGACAUAUGGUUGUCAAGCCUCUGCUUAAAGACCUCCAAAGAAGGAGACUCCACCACACUCCUUGGCAGCAAAUUCCACUGUCAAACAGCUCUUACUGUCAGGAAGUUCUUCCUAAUGUUUAGGUGGACUCUUCUUUCUUGUAGUUUGGAUCCAUUGCUCCGUGUCCGCUUCUCUGGAGCAGCAGAAAACAACCUUUCUCCCUCCUCUAUGUGACAUCCUUUUAUAUAUUUGAACAUGGCUAUCAUAUCACCCCUUAACCUCCUCUUCUCCAGGCUAAACAUGCCCAGCUCCCUUAGCCCUUAGACGUACUAAAUGCCUAGUUGACCCACAACGAUAGCUUCUUCUGACUGUGAAAGCUGCUUCCUCAACAACCUCUUUAGGUUGCCGCUCCUCAUCAGUUGCAUAUCUUUUACUGGACUGCCUCCCAUUUCUGGAGUUACGGUGAGGGGUUGUGGCCUUCCUCUCAUGGCGUCUUUUCUCCUCAUCAAGCAAACGCCCCAUUAAGAAAUGCAUUGUUAAUUGGCUUUCUGGAAUUGCCUCCAAGGUCAUCACUAAAUUGUCCCAUGACUCAGGAAGUGAAGACAGCACAAUAUAAACCUUUUUCUGUUCAGAAAAAUGUUCCCCAAGUUCAUUUAACUGUGAAAAUAAAUCACGCAUUCUUUGAAGGUGUUUUGAAGCACAUUCACCCUCACUUAGUCUGGCUCGGUACAGAGCUCCCGUUAGAGUAAUUUUGCUGCCAGCAGUGUCUCUAAUAUGUAUCGCUCUCAGUGCUUGCCAAAUCUCACUUGCUGUUUCAAGGUCUCGCACAUGAGAUAACUGAAACUUCUCUAAACUCAAAAUUAAAUUGGCAUAGGCUUUGUCCUCCAGCCUUUGGUCUGCUUCAUCUACUUCUUCAUCCUCAUCUUUUACAGGAGGGUUAACAAUAACAGUCCAACGUUGUUCUUUCUUUUAAAACGCCUGCAUCUGUAAACUCCAUGACAUAUAAUUGGACUCUCCCAGUUUCUCUACUGGAAAAUAGGAAGCUCCCCCUUGAGCUCCAGCUCCAAGUCCAGUCAUGGCUCCACCCAGCUUUCAGCUUUCCACUUUACUCACACGUGGCUUGAAGAAAUGUUCAGCUCCUGGUCUCAAACAGACACUCCGUGCCGAUGCCUUCACACAGCCAGCUGCUUGAGAAACGCUGAGUUGCUUCCAGUCUCUGGGUUCUUUUCACACUCUGUCUCUGCCCACUCAGGACUGGGCCCAUAACCUAUUGGAGGGGGAUUUUCAACUGGUGGCAGAGGACAGACUGUGACUCCAGGAGACAUAGGUGUAAAACCAAAACUAAAACAAAGACUUUAUUACAAAACAACAAACAGAAAUUCUGGUGGGUGUUAUUCCUGCAGGCAGGCUACAAAACGCUGCUUUUUCCUUUUGUAGCCACGGCCAGCUGCAACCAAUUAACCCAGAAACUUCUUAAAGGUAUACACAUGUUUCUGUGCAGAAUGUCUCCCAACAUUUAGCAAUGGUCCUUCAUGCAGUCCUAUGAAGAAGAUUUUUGAAUACCCAUUUUUCAGUGGAGAAAAGUGGUCCGAGAAAGGGUUUCUCUAGGCAAUUAAAACGAGUCAUAGACAGUGGCGGAGCUUCAUGCUCCGGCACCAGGGGGCGGAGAACAGGUGGGGGCAGGACUGGCACGUGUCCCGGGGGCAUGGCGUGCAUCCUGGGGGCGUGGUGCACCGCCACAGGGGCGUGGCACGCGUCCUGGGGGUGUGGCAUGCUGCCUGCGGGGGCAUGGUGACCAGCACAGGAUUGGGGGCAGCCGCAAUGCCACCCCACCAGGAUUGCGCUGCUGGGGGCGGUGCACUCCCCCUGCACUCCUCUUCCUCUGACAGUGGUCAUAGAAGAGAUGGGAUUUGCAUUUUAAUAUUCAAAGCCAAGUAGAGGACCAGUGAUGUAACUUAGUUGCUUUGCAAGUGUAGAUGAUCGUGCCUGGAAAAAGCUCUGGGUUUGCAUAUGCCUUCCAUCAGCUGAUCGUCAGCUGUGUCUUUUCCUCUAUUUUUCUCCCUGUCGGAGGUUCCUUCCGACCAAGCUGAAGCAGCUCUCCCCCAUGACAUACUAUCUUCGGAAUCUGCUCCAGCAGUGAUUAACGACCUAAGCCUUUGAUGAGGCUUCAGGCACGUUCCCAUUAUGCAGAGUAUCCAAACAGCAGAAGGGCGAGAAAUAUGUGCUACAUCGCUACGUUUAUUUCUAGCUACGUGGGACAGAAAAGAAUAUGCAUCUGCUCUCUGUGAGAGUCAGUGAACAACAACACAAAGAAACAGGAAACCAGUAACAUCAACAUCCGCCUCCCAUCUCCCGUGAGACUUCCAGCAGUCUGGAAUGUAAUCAGAGUCUUGUGACUCCAAAAACUGCACAGUGGCAUAACAGAAAUCCAACACUCCCGCCCACUCUUAAAUACCUCAAAUGUCUUCUCUCUCUCUCUCUCUCUCUCUCUCUCACACACACACACACACACAUGAGACUCCUUAGCUUUGCAAAUGUGUUAGCAGUUUUAUUGCUGCACAACUAGGAGUUACAGAGAGAGAGAGAGAGAGAGAGAGAGAGAGAGAGAGAGAGGGAGAAUGAGAGGGAACACACACUUAGAAUGUUCUUCCAAGUGCUGAAAUUGCAACUUUAAAAACCAGUCAACAAAGAUUUCAUUGCGGGUGAAAUCUCUAUCACUGUGUGUUUCCAGCCACAUUCCCACUGAGUGCACCUUCUCCUGUUCCUCCUUCCCUUUACUCCUCCUUCGCUUCUCAGGGGUUGCCUUCAGUAACGGGGAACGGGCCAAGCAGUUACGCCGAUUCUCCAUCAUGACACUGAGGAACUUUGGGAUGGGAAAGAGAUCUGUCGAAGAGCGGAUCCUGGAGGAGACCCACUUCCUGCUGGAAUCCCUGAGGGAAACAAAAAGUGAGCUCAUUUUUGGUACCUUCAAGAAAUGCUGCUUAAUGAGUUACAGGUAAUGGUUAGAAACUGGAAAGUUACCUGGGCAUUUGAACGCUGAUAAUCUGAACCUUGUCACUGCGGCAUUUGAGUCCCAAUUGUAUACUGGACAGCUCCAGGGUUGCAAGGAGCAGGAACUAAAAGUGCCAGUCUCUGCUUCCCUCGGACAAAAUAAGCCAGCUACACAAUAGCAAAAUGUGACCCAAGUCAUCCAAGCAUUAAAAUUGACAAAGGUGAAAGUUAUAAAAACUCAAAAGAUAUUAAUGAUCAAUUAAUAUCUCGGUCCUGUAUACCUGAAGGAGCGUCUCCACCCCCAUCACUCAGCCCAGAGACUGAGGUCCAGUGCCGAGGGCCUUCUGGUGGUUCCCUCCCUGUGAGAAGUGAGGUUACAGAGAACCAGGCAGAGAGCCUUCUUGGUAGUGGUGCCCGCCCUGUGGAACGCCCUCCCACCAGAUGUCAAAGAGGAAAACAACUACCAGACUUUUAGAAGACAUCUGAAGGUAGCCCUGUUUAGGGAAGUUUUUAAUGACUGGUGUUUUAAUGUAUUUUUAAUCUUUUGUUGGAAGCCGCCCAGAGUGGGUGGGGAGACCCAGCCAGUUGGGCAGGUAGAAAUAAAUUAUUAUUAUUAUUAUUAUUAUUAUUAUUAUUAUUAUUAAGAAUUAUAUACUAAACUGAAAGACAUCAGUCACAUCAGUCAUAAAGAUAUGAAGGUCUUUUUUAAUAGAAUAAAACUACCCCAUUUAGAUGAUAUACAAAAACAAAUGCUAUUAACACCAAUACUGAAUGGGAGGCAAAAAUUAAACAAACUACUGGUAUUCUUAAAAUGACAAGUGGCAAAACACAAUGAUUGGAUAGAAUCGCCAUUGAAUGGUAUAAGAUCUAUUGCGUGGCAAUACCCGCCCCCUCCCACAGAUGGAAUAAAUAAAGACACUGGACACCAGAAUUUAGGUUAAUGGGCGAAAAAUGGCCACAACUUUAUUGAUUACAGGUAAGAGCGGUAUUGGCCUUAGGCAUUGGCCCUAACAGACUAUCCGGUCUAACUAAUGUUGAUACAAAUAUUUUAAUAUUCUAUUAACUGGUCCAAAUCGGAAUUGAUUGGAAUAACACUUGCAGUUUAAUGUUGAGUUUUGGAUAUAAUGGAGAUGAAAGAGAUUUGGAUUAUUAUAAAUGAUGCAGGAGAAAAUGGUUAACAAAAGGACCCACAAAGGGGAGGAGGGAAGUCCAGGAGAUUCUUUGGGAUCUUGUUUUUAUUUUGGUUGUUAGAUAAUUGAUUGGGGGAAAAAUUGAACUGGAAAAUUAAAUAAAUUUUUAAAAAACACAAAUUGGAAUUGAUGCCAGUAGGUCAAAAAUUUGAUUGCACAUUCAUUAAAGGAAUAUCCAUUUCGGAUUUGUUCUGAAUCUGUUAAAUACCUAGGCAUCUUAAUACCAAGAGAGAUAACACAGUUAGUUACUGUUAAUAUAUAUAAAUUUCUAGGUGCUCCUUUUGACCCCACCUACGUCCUGAGCCGUUCAGUGUCCAACGUUAUCAGCUCCAUUGCCUUUGGCAACCGCUUUGAAUACGAAGAUAAGGAGUUCCUCUUCUUGCUCAGCACUUCGCUGGAAAUCUUCCAGUUCACUUCCACCUCUUGGGGACAGGUACGUUGGAGGGGAGGGGGAGGACUUCCAGCAUGAAAUUGUGAAUAAUGCCACUUCUCCUAAUCUGCUCAAGGCACAGCAUGCAGGAAAGCCAGCACCAGAUGAGGCCCUGUCAUUACCCCAAAGACCAGCAGUGUAGCAUUCCCAAAGCAAGGAAGGAUUGGACUCUGAUAAAAUACACACAGAAGCUUGACCAGCAAGACUCUGGGAGGGGUGCGUACAUAGCUGUCAAGUGUCCCUUAUUUGGCGGGACAGUCCCUUAUCCCAGCACCGUGUCCCGCUGCUGUCCCUUAUUGAUGAUGUCCCUUAAAUUUCCCGGGUUUCAAAGGAAGCAGCUCCUCUCCCUCCUUCCCUGCCGGCCAGGGAGGAGGGAGGCUCCAACUGUGUUGCUUGGCUGUGUUGCUCACCCAGUAAGGAGUCUAAGAACGACUGGGGGGUGGAGCUUGCAUGCCUUGUGCCGAUCAAAUCGGCCGCGUUGCCUGGGGACUCGCCUUUGCUCAACACUUCCCAGUGGAGAGGUGACGGUGGUUUUCCUUGCUGCAUCCCCUAUGCCGGGUUGCUGCGCUGUGGGACCCACCGCUUGAGGCUUCGUUGGGCUGCUGGUUGACUAAAAUCCCUUAUUUUGGCUGCUGAUCCCUUAUUUUCGAGGCUGCUGGUCCCUUAUUUUCAAAUCUGUAAGUUGACAGCUAUGGGUGUGUAUAAUAGUAAUUCCCUUCCCCUCGGCCCAGGCCGUUUUAUUCACAAAAGAACUUUUUACACAGUGUUCGUAAGAAUCAAUCAGUUUUCUUCUGAGCAUUUCAAAAAACCCCACGUGGGACAAAGUUAAAGUUAAAACUACAAAGAGCUAAUUUCCUACUUGAGCGUGCAUAUGUAAUUCAGAGUAAAUAAAAGAAGAAGCAAGGAGGAAUGCUUUUAGGAAACUCCAGAGGUCAUAAACAGCAAUAAACAGGAGAGGAAGGAUAGGUAGUAUUUACCAUCUCCUUGCGAACGAUUAACAAACUACAUCAAAGCUAGCUUUAUGACCCAGGAUGCCUGAUGAACAACUGGCCUGUGUACUUAGAAUGCUGAUACGUGCCUGUGAGGCAUAGAGAAAGCAAAUGCCAGAGGUGGAGAGGCUUGUGGGAUUUGAUCAGAAAUUAUUGUCAAUGAAUGCGUUCAUUGCGGACACAAUGGCUUGCUCCAUAUGUCAUAAUUCCUCAUAGCAAUCCCACCUGAACCCCACACUCUGGAUAUUUGCACUCCUACACAGCAGUGGUGUUAUGUACUGAGUUGAAUAGGAUCCAGAAGGCAGCAGCCUGAUUGGUCCUAGAAUAAUAGGAUCCGAAAUGCAGCAGCCUGAUUGGUCCUAGAACAAUGCAGCAGUAUGAUUGGUCCACAGGAGCCACCCAAUCCAGCUCCAGGUGGAAGUGAAUCCACAACCUGAUUGGCCUACAGGAGAAUCACAGAAUUAGCCAAUUACGUGCAGCCCAUUGUGCAAAUAAUGUAUAUAAAGCAGAUAUUUUGGGGGAACAUUUAUUCCUCCUCACCACUAUGAGCUGAACAAAGAGCAUGAAAUCCACUCUCGACUCCGAGUAUAUUUCAAGUGGUCAAGGCACAGAGUUAGAAGCAGCAGCAGUGCCAGCUAAGGAGCCGGACCACAUUCAGGGGUCUGAGUGAGCCUGACCAAUAGAAGCCCAGAGCAUAACCUCCCAGAGCAUUGGGGACUGUAGAACCACAACCAGGACCAGGACCCUCACAGGUGCCUUUCACAAAUGACCCAAAUGCCUCCCCCAGUACCUCACAGGAACUGCACCAAGUGUGAGAAAGAAAGCAGAGGCACCAAUCUUAAGAAACUAAGUUCUCUACAAGUGGGCAGAACCUGGGAGAGGCUUAAAAAUGUUUAGCUACAGUGGUGCCUCGCAAGACGAAAUUAAUCCGUUCCGCGAGUAUCUUCGUCUAGCGGUUUUUUCGUCUUGCGAAGCAACCCUAUUAGCGGCUUAGCGGCUUAGCGCUAUUAGCGGUUUAGCGGCUAUUAAAGGCUUAGCGGCUUAGCGGCUUAGCUGCUAAAAGGCUAUUAAAGGCUUAGCAGCUUAGAAAAGGGGGGGGGGAGCGAAAAAAAAUCUCAAGACUCGCAAGACAUUUUCGCCUUGCGAAGCAAGCCCAUAGGGAAAUUCGUCCUGCGAAGCGCAUUGAAAAACGGAAAACCCUUUCGUCUAGCGGGUUUUCCGUCUUGCGAGGCAUUCGUCUUGCGGGGCACCACUGUAUUUGUUGCUUCUCAGUCUGAGCUCUCCGUGGUGCUGCAACUCCUAUUCUGCCUUGCUCUUUGGUCAGGCUCUGCCUGGAGCAAGUUUACAAUGUUGCCUCAACCUGAGAUAAUUCCAGAUUGAGAUACUGAAGCUGCUGGCUUUGUAAGCAAUUCCGCCACACACCCUGAUUUUCCCUCCAAAUUGCCUUCCUUGUCCCUCAGAGAUGGGAAGUCAGGCCCUGAGGUUGUGUCUGUGACAAGUUCAUAGCUUAGUCAGCACCAAGUUCUGUCUGGGUGGAGUGAGGAGUUCCCUCUGUCUGUUCUUCUUGGAGAGACACUUCUCCAUUCUCCCUUCUUUUCAAGCCACCUGUUUCUUCCAAACCUUCCAUGAUAAUGAGGAACCAAGGGAGGGAGGAACUCCUGCUUCUCCCUGCCCCCAAAAUCCACCUUAACUUACUUUGUUCAGUAUCUGUUCUCUCUCUUCCUCCCCCUAACUCUGGAUUCCUCCAAACCCGACACACGCAGCUCUACGACAUGUUCUCCGGCAUCAUGCAGCACCUGCCUGGCCCACAAGAUAAAACCUUCAAGAAGCUGUUGGGCCUGAAGGAAUUCAUUAAAAGGAAGGUAAAAGAAAACGAGGAGACCCUGGACCCCAACAACCCUCGGGAUUUCAUUGACUGCUUCCUAGUGAAAAUGCAGCAGGUAAGAUUAUGUUAUUCUAGUUAGGUAAAGGUAAAGGGACCCCUGACCAUUAGGUCCAGUUGUGACCGACUCUGGGGUUGCGGCGCUCAUCUCGCUUUAUUGGCCGAGGGAGCCGGCGUACAGCUUCCGGGUCAUGUGGCCAGCAUGACUAAGCAGCUUCUGGCGAACCAGAGCAGUGCAGGGAAACACCAUUUACCUUCCUGCCGGAGCGGUACCUAUUUAUCUACUUGCACUUCGUGCUUUCGAACUGCUAGGUUGGCAGGAGCUGGGACUGAGCAAUGGGAGCUCACCCCGUCGCGGGGAUUCAAACCGCUGACCAUCUGAUUGGCAAGUCCUAGGCGCUGUGGUUUAACCCACAGCGCCACCCACGUCCCUUGUUAUUCUAGUUACUACAAUCAAUUUCUCCACCCUGGGCCCACUGGGAAGAUACUGUAACUAAACUAAAUUCAAACAAAGGAAGAAGUAUGUUGGAGGAUUCAGGACAGAUCAAAUAAUGUACUUCUUCCUGCAGCAUUUGAUUAAACUCCCCCUCCACCCAGCCAUCUGUUUCCCACACAAUUGUUGAGCUGCUUUUCAGCCCUCCACAACUGUCCCCUCCCCCUCAUUGGAGUGAGCAUGACAUCACUGCAGCUCAGCCAAUCAGUAGAGGAGAGAGAGCUUCAUAGACAGGAGCCAAUCAGAUUUUAGCCUAUCCCAAGAAAUAAUAAGUAAGUACAUUUUCUUCUGCCUAGGAAAAGGAAAACCCAAACUCAGAGUUCUUCCUAGAGAAUCUGGUUUGUACAACAGCUAACCUCUUCUUCGGCGGCACAGAAACGGUCAGCACCACCUUGCGCUAUGGCUUCCUGCUUCUGCUGAAAUACCCGGAGGUUGAAGGUGACUGCGGAAGGGGGGGAGGAAAUAGGGUGGAGAGAUGUGUCUUUGCAUUUCAAUGGGAGGGUCCCUCUUUGCUUUCCCAGCUAUGAGCUGGGAUCCUUCUUUAGCUCCCUGGAAGGUGCAAAUAGCACUUUUGGUCUCAUCCUGCUGAUUUCUCAACAGAGAAAGUCCACGAAGAGAUUGAACGGGUGAUUGGCUCCAGUCGCACUCCCAACAUGGAUGACCGUCCCCUGAUGCCCUACACGGAUGCUGUGAUCCACGAGAUGCAGAGAUUCUCUGACAUGCUCCCCUUGGGGUUAGCAAGACGUGUGACGCGUGAUACCCAGUUCCGGGGAUACACCAUUCCCAAGGUAUUGUGGUUCUAUUAAUUCCUUAGACUUAGACUCCACCCUUCCAGAUAUAGUUUGUGGCUCAGUGAAGUUCCCCAAGUGUGUAGGUAUGUUGAUAUGUACAGUAUAAGGUAUAGGGACCCCUGACCAUUAGGUCCAGUCGUGGCUGACUCUGGGGUUGCGGUGCUCAUCUCGCUUUAUUUGCCGAGGGAGCCGGCGCACAGCUUCCGGGUCAUGUGGCCAGCAUGACAAAACCGCUUCUGGCGAACCAGAGCAGCGCACAGAAACGCCAUUUACCUUCCCGCCAGAGCUGUACCUAUUUAUCUACUUGCACUUUGACGUGCUUUCGAACUGCUAGGUUGGCAGGUGUAUGUACAGUAUAGGUAGGUAUUAUAUAGAGUAAUGUAGGUAUGUUUUAUGUUAUGAAUAUAAGGUAGUGGGUUAUGUUCGUGUAUUGUGUCAUUGUGUAAAUGUAUAUGCAUGUGUUUUAUAUGCCAGUAAAAUUUAUUUAAUAAAAAAAAAUAAGACUUCACCCUUCCAGGUAUAGUUUGUGGCUCAGUGAAGUUCCCCAAGCAUAUCUGUUCCACCUGUCCGUACCCUCUGAGUGAUAAUAAUCAGGGAGACAGAGGCACCACACCAAAGGGUGGUGUCCCAAAAAUGGGGAACUCUCAUUGAAAAUAAUAUUAAAUUAUUAUUAUUAUUAUCACACCUCAAGGCAAGUGGAAAGACAGUUCUUUUGCAUUGCCAUUGGCCCUCAUAAUAAUAAUAAUAAUAAUAAUAAUAAUUAUUAUUAUUAUUUAUUAUUUAUACCCGCCAAUUUGGCUGGGUUUCCCCAGCCACUCAGUGACUCUGUAUCGUUUCUUAAUGGCCCUAGCUUGGCCAGGUUCUUCUGCACAGGCUAGCCCAGGAAUUCUUAUUCAGCUUUCUCUCAAAUAAUAAAGAACCUGCCAUUUAUUAAUUUGGGGGGAGGUCACCCCCCCAAAAAAACCAAUAUUUUCUUGCCCACGAGAAUAAUGUUCCAUUUCUCCCCUCUCUUCUCAUUUCCCUCCCUCUCUUGUUCAGGGAACUGAAGUGUUUGCUUUGCUGGGAUCUGUGCUGAGAGACCCCAAACAUUUUGCAAGACCAGACGUGUUUGACCCCCAACAUUUCCUGGAUGAGAAUGGGCAGUUCAAGAAGAAUGAGGCUUUUAUGCCGUUCUCUACUGGUGAGUCCUCAGCAGCCCCUUGGCGGUUUACAGCAAAUAGUAACCCAAUAUAGUCGACCAAUUGAAGUGAGAAAAAUUAGCCAGAAACUGUUGCUGGUGCUGAUGUACCUCUGUCUCGCCCUUCUCUUUCCCCUUCUACAGAAAAAUCUAUUUUUGAACCAUGCACACCAAAAUUAUUGUUAUUAUUUAUUAAACUUGUAUACUGCCCUUUACCUGUAGAUCUCAGUUGUAAUGGGUGUAUUUUAUCUGUGGCUGUGUGGGUUAGAGGAGUCUUGGCCUGAAAACCUCAAUGCAGGCUAUACUGACCCGUCUUUGCUUUCCUCCUCCUUCCUAGGAAAACGCUAUUGCUUUGGAGAGCAGCUGGCCCGAAUGGAACUUUUCCUCUUCUUCACCAGCAUCCUGCAGAACUUCCGCUUCAAAUCCCCCAUCCCUCCUGAAAAGAUUGACAUCUCUCCCAUGCUGGUUGGCUUUGCCACCGUUCCACGUUUUUAUGAAAUGUGUGCCAUUCCCUUGUGA